GUUCGAUCGAUGGCAUGGCCUCUCCCAUUGUUUGACCGGCUCUGCGUCUCGGCUAUGUGCUGCAGCUAUAUAAAGGGGUCUUAUUAGGUCCCUUGGGCCUCGCAUCACCGACACCGCGCCGGUCUCUCUCACUGGCACGUCUCCAACUCUGCAAUGGAGCUGUUCAUACGAAGCACUUUCGCUGUUAUACAAGCUUUCGCUGGAAAUCCUGGUAACUUCCUCGGCAGGACCCUAGAGUGGCCAUGGUAUGGCUUAUGGGUCCAAGCGUUCUACGGUGUCGUGGAUCCCCGGAAGGUCGUUGCUGGCCCCCAAUUCGAACUGGCCAAGAUGCAGAAUACCAAUGAUGGCGGCGUUGUCUUCAAGAAGAAGGUCCCCGACUUCGUUCUUCACUAUGUCACUGGCGUCCCUCUAUAUCACGACAUAGACUCGUUGUUACGGGUGACCAAUCAUGAAGAAUUGCUACAGUUCUACGAGGGCAGGUGCGCCCUGACCAGCUCCAUCGUCCUAGCAGUCUGCGAGGUCAAGGCGCUACCAGACCCGACGAAGAUACCAGCUGGGGAUCAAUUCCAAGCGGUGCUAAAGAAAAGGCUGUUCAACAUCCAGGGCGAGGCGCGUUCUGGUGCACGGAAACAGGUUUCGUUACACCUCUCUGCCCAUAGAGACCUCGACGAAGUCGUAGCCAUCGCCAUAUUUGGACCCUAUUUCUCGUGGAGGAUCCUCGCUUGGGAUGCAGUCAGUGACAUAUCGAGUAACGACGAUCCGACUUAUCACGCAUCUGAGUCGGACGGCGGAGACAGCUCCGGCGACCAAGCUCCGCGGGGUCCGUCGGUGCAUCAAGACCAAGAGAUUCCCGACUUCUUGGCUGCAGCGGAUCGACCUGCUGGCCGACCUAAGCGAGGUCCGCAUCCAGUCAAGGAAUACGUACAAUAUAGCAUCCUGAAGGCGGAAAGACUCAGCACUUCAGAAGACGACGACACCAAGAAGCACCCGGCGCAGAAACUGAAAGGCAAAGCUAAGGCGCUGGGAACAUCUGUCAUGGAGCCAGAGGAAAAGGCCAUACUCGACGGCGAGAGGGCAGACGACGAGAAGGCAGACGACGCGAAGGAAGGCGGCAAGAAGGCAGGCGGAAAGAAGGCAGGCGGAAAGAAGGAAGGCGGAAAGAAGGCAGGCGGCAAGAAAGCAGACGACAAGAAGGCAGAUGGAAAGAAGACAGACGGCAAGAAGACAGACGGCAAGAAGACAGACGGCAAGAAGACAGACGGCAAGAAGACAGACGGCAAAAAGGCAGACGGCAAAAUGGAGGAGAACAAGGAGGAGAACAAGAAGAAUAAGGGGAAGGGGAAAGCAAGGGAGCGGGAGAAAGAGGAAGUGAAGGCCGCCGAGGACAAGAAGGAGAAGGCAGAGGCCCCCCGGAACCAGAAGUGCAGCGCUUGGAGUUGCCACCGUUC